AUGGCCGCAGCAUUGUUGGCUUUGUCUGUUCCCGCUGUCCGCGCCCCCGUGCACCGCAAUAAAUGUGACAAAAUCGUUUUGAUGUAUUCCCUAGGUCAGCACGUUGGUAUCUGCUCGUUCUCAUUAGCUUCAACAAUGUCUUUGCUUUGCAAAAGUCAUCUUUUCUUUUUCCGCAACCCUUCGAUCAUUAAUGCAGGGCUGAAAAACACUAUACAAGCUGAAGGACCAGCUGCUUUGAAAAACCUCAGAAGCAACGGCCAUCUUGGCAUUCCAAUUGUUGCUUCAUUAAAGAGGCUUGUAUUUAGCAAGACUCUGGGUAGAAAUGCGUCAUCCUCUAGCAUUUUCAAAAGAUCAUUUUCUUCUUUUACCAAUCAAACCCAUCUCAUUGGUCAAUCAAGACCGUUUUCCACAAGCUUCAGAAGUUUUGCUUCUUCAUCCAGCCCAGCUGUAAGAAGUAGUUGGCCUGCAAACUCUUCCAAAUCAGUCGGUUACCUGUGUAUUGGCUCCUCCGUUUUGGUUUUCGCCAUUGUGGUUUUGGGUGGGUUGACAAGACUAACUGAGUCGGGCUUGUCUAUAACUGAAUGGAAACCUGUCACUGGAGCAAUGCCACCGCUUACCGAAGAGGAUUGGAUAACAGAAUUUGAAAAGUACAAAGAAUCUCCUGAGUUCAAACUGCUUAACUCUCAUAUGGACUUGGAAGAUUUCAAGUUCAUUUAUUCUAUGGAAUGGUCCCAUAGAUUGUUGGGAAGAAUCAUCGGUACGGUUUUCGUUUUGCCAACGUUGUACUUGGUAGCCAGAAAGAGGGUAUCCCUUAAAACAGCAGGAAAAUUGGUGGGAAUUUGUGGUUUGAUUGGUCUUCAAGGUGCCAUCGGAUGGUGGAUGGUGUACUCUGGUAUCGACACUGAACAGUUGGAAGAGAGACGUUCAAAACCAACGGUCUCUCAGUACCGGUUGGCUACACAUUUAGGUGCGGCUUUCUUGGUCUACUGUGCCAUGAUAUCUACCGGUUUCAGCGUUUUAAGAAACCAAUGGAUCAUGCAACAACCUCAAGAAUAUGCCAAGUAUUUCCAACAAAUUCAAUCCGGCUCUUUGUCCAAGUUUAAAACUUUAUCGAAGGGACUUUUUGGCUUAGUGUUUUUGACUGCAAUGUCUGGUGCGUUUGUCGCUGGCUUGGAUGCUGGUCUUAUCUAUAACACUUUCCCUCACAUGGGAGAAAACUGGGUUCCUUCAGCCGGCGAGCUAUUUGAUCCUGUUUACUCUAGAGUCAAGGACCAAACUGAUCUCUGGUGGAGAAACAUGCUUGAAAACCAAGCAACUGUCCAAUUAGAACAUAGAAUACUUGCAACUACCACGGCUCUAUCGAUCUUUGCAUUGCACAUGUACUCACACAAAAUCAAAACUAUUAUUCCUCGUCAUGCUUACAAGUGGUUGAACAUAAGUAUGGGUGUUGUUACGUUACAAUAUAUCCUAGUUCCGACCGAUUUGGCUGCAGCACAUCAAGCAGGUGCAUUGACUCUGCUCACCUGUACAUUGUUACUGGUGAAUAACUUGAAAAAGCCAAGUAAGGCAAACAUGCUCAUCCUCAAAAAAUACCUCGAAAAGAGUGCUAAAACGGCAAGUAAGCCAUAG